GCUGCUAAGGCUGCCGCCGCCGCCGCGCCGCCGCCGCCACCAGCAGCACCAGCACCACAGCCGCUGCUACCGCCGCUGCCGCCAUUUUGGAUCCGCGGCCGCCCUCAGCGCAGCGCGAGGAGGAUCAGCCUGGAAUAAGACGACGACGAGGAGGCGGCGGAGGAGGCAGAGGCGGAGGCCUGCGCCCGCUGAAGCAACCGAGAGGGGCGAGUCUCCUGGGGUGGGAGGGGGAGGGACGUUGGUUUUCCCUCAGCAGCAACCGAAGCAGCAGCAGCAGCAGCAGUGGCGGGUCUCGCCCUGGCCUUGCCCGCCCGCGAAGGCGGGUUGGCCCCGGCCUGGGAGGAUGAGGCGGGCGCGGAGGAGCCGGAGCCGGGCCUCGCUGUGACGCGUGAGAAGAUGAUGGCUGCAAGUUUCUGGAAGGAUCUGUCCAUGGACCACACAACUGAUCUGCUUUAAAGUAAUAGUAAUUAUUUGCAACUGCACGUACUGUAAUGGACCCUCAGAAUACUGCUAUGUUAGGGCUGGGCUCUGGUUCUGAAGGGUUUUCUGGGAAAAGCCCCUCUGCAGUUGCCACAGGCGCGGCAGGAGGCAGGAGGGAGGCGGAGCUCGAUGGUAGUGCUAAGGAGGAGGAAGAGAAGAAGAAGAGGAGCUCGGAGGGGAGCGGCGGUGAUGAAGUUGGCAAGGAUGAGAGUCUGUCGGAUGCCCAGCAACAGUUUUCUGUGAAGGAAACAAACUUUUCAGAGGGGAAUUUGAAGCUGAAAAUUGGCCUGCAAGCCAAGAGAACUAAGAAACCCCCUAAGAACCUGGAAAACUAUGUCUGCCGGCCUGCAAUAAAGACCACUAUUAAGCAGCCCAGGAGGGUGCAAAAGGUUGGGAAGAUGAUGGAGGAGAAGAGCGACCCUGGCCCUGCGAAGCAAGACCCGUCAAAGCUGUACAAGAAGAGCGGAGAAGCCACAGCGCCGACUGACAGCUCUGCAGCCGAGGGCAGGCCGAGGGAGAGCAGCCCUCUUUCAAAGAAACUUUCGCCGCUGCGCUCCGAAGUGACCGAUUAUGGGAAGUCAGCACUUUCCACUCCGGCCAGUAGUCGCGACCCAGACUCAAAGGACAGAGCUCAGAUUAAUGGAGCACCAACGGUGACAGAAAAACUGGCUCAGCUCAUUGCAACUUGCCCUCCGUCAAAGUCUUCCAAAACGAAGCAAAAGAAGCCCUUCAUGGGAAUUGCUUCUGGAUUUGCUAAAGACUCCGGAAAGAAGCUGCCAGUGGUUGGGGCUGUGACCGUGCCGGCGAGCAAGGACUUUGUAAAGAAACAGCUUGGAAGUGGCACUAUGGGCGUUGCUUUGAGUAACAAGGACUUUGCAAGGAAGCCACCGGGGAUUAGUAGUGGUGCUGGACUAGUCAGCAAGGACUCUGGGAGCAAAAAGCAACCAGGGACUUGUCCCAGCAUGCCUGGGCUAGUUAGCAAGGACUGUGGGAAGAAGCUGCCAAUCCUUGGCUCCCCAAUGGGAUUGGUCAGCAAGGAAAUCGGAAGGAAACCACUGUUGUCUGGCAUGCCAGUUGGGCUAGUCAGCAAGGAUUCUGGGAAAAGGCUUCUGGGGACUAACAGUCCAGUUGGAUUACUUCCCAAGGAUUCUGGGAAAAAGAUGCUGGGGACUGUUAGUCCACCUGGAUUGGUUAACAAAGACCCUGGGAAGAAGCUACCAGGACCAGGCGGUCCAAUUGUAUUUUUUAAUAAGGAUGCUGGGAGGAAACAUCCAGGGUCAGAUGGGCCGAUCGGAUUGGUCAGCAGGGACUCUGGAAAGAAGCUGCCAGGGCUUGGUUCUUCAAGCGGAUUGGUGAAUAAAGACGCUGGAAAGAAGCCUCUGGGGGCUAGCAGCCCAAUUGGAUUGAUUACUAAAGAGUCUGGAAAGAAGCCACCGGGGGUUGGCAUUCCAGCGGCCUUGGCUGCUAAGGACUCUGGGAAGAAAAUGGCAGGGGCCAGCAGCAGUCUGUGUGGGCUGGCCAAUAAGGACUCGGGGGCUUUGAAGGCAGAUGCUGCUCACCCUUCCGUGGAACCCUUCAAACGGUGUUCUGCGAAUGUCGUAAGUCACGAAAGUCCUUUGCCGCCAGGCCUCUUGAAAGACAGUGUGGGCAGUAAGCCUUUUGAGAAGCAUGUUGCAAGGCAGAGUAAAGAAAGCAUCCCGGAAAAGGUAACGGUUCAAAAAGAAGCGUCAGGUGGAGGCAAGGAAGGGGCCUGCAGUCAGCAGGACAGCUCCUCGUCCAGUGAAAGGGGCACGUUUGAAGCACCCAAGCAUGAUAAACAACUGCCCGUGUAUUGCACUUCCCCCGAAUUCAGGACUUCAGGAGGCGCUUCUGAUGUAUCUACAGCCAAAUCUCCAUUCAGUGCUGUUGGGGAGGGGGGCCUCCCCUCCCCCUCCCCAGCCGCCUCUGUCACUGCUUUAACGCGUAGCCCCACAGCAACCUUGGCUCAGUUAGCUUCCAACCCUCUGCAUUUAAAUAGCACGCCUGAGCUCUUAGAAGGAAUUUCCGAGCAGAUUAGCAAGACCCCGUUUGCCUCUGACAGCACGCGCUCAAGUAUGAACCGGGUGCUGAAUCCUGGCUCGCACGCUGCUGGCAAAGGGGUCGGCAGGGAAUUAAACGGUUCCAAAGCUGUGCAUGCCGAUGACCCCAAACCGAGCCCCACCUUAGGCAGGAAGCCCAGCCUGGCAACUGACUCUAACACCCGUGCCACUGUUGCCCCUUCGGUGGUUAGCUUCUCCAGUUUGUUCAACAAUAAGCCCUUUCUAAAGAUUGGUGCCAUGGCUGCAUCAGGUAAACCCUGCCAGGGGGUGGAAACUCUGAGCAGUAGUGGCGGUGGCCCGCAAGCAACACCUCUGAAGAAAAGGAAAGGAAGGAAGCCGCGCUGGACUAAGGUAGUCUCCAGGAGCACUUGCCGGCCUCCCAAAGGCCUAGAAUUGGGGAGGCCUGAGCUUUUCAAAAACAUUUCUUGCAGCGUGCUGUCAAACAGUAGCCUAGAUCAGGCCAAGCUCUUCAAAAGCGCAGGCCCGCCUUCCUUUGCCCAGCACGAGUUUGUCAAACGCCAGUUGCCAAAGCUCAGCAAGUCCAGUAGCAUACAGUCCCCCUCUCUGCUCAGCAGCGUUGAGAAGGAGCCGAGCAAAUUUUACAGUCCCCACAUGCAGGCUUCCGUUGGGUGCAUCUCGGACGACCUGCUGCCUGAAAUGUACAAGUCCAAAAGGGGCAGGUCGAAAUCCAAAGAGAUGCCCCACCUGGAGGGCCCCCCGAAGCGGACCCUGAAGAUCCCUGCCUCUAAAGUGUUUUCAGUGCAGUCGAAGGAAGAGCAAGAACCUCCAGUGCUGCAUCCGGAGGUGGAGAUCCCGUCUUUUCAGCAGAGCCUCACAGAGCAAGCUUUCCCGAAGAAGAGGGGCCGUCCGAAGAGGCAGAUCAGAUCAGGGGUCAAGAUGAAACCCCCUGUCCUCUCCGUGGCGCCCUUUGUCACUGCAGACAGUUCCAACAAGCUGGAUUGUGAAAGCGACCAGCGGCAGAGCGAGGAUUUCUUUGAAGUGGCAAGCCCGUUAGGAGGCCCCGAGGAGCCUGGGAAGACGAGCGCCUGCAACAUGACUGACCUUGAGGUAGAGCCGGACCGCAAGGAGAGCAAGCGCAGCAAUGGGCAGCUGAUGAAAACCAUCAUCAGGAAAAUCAACAAGAUGAAGACGCUGAAGCGGAAGAAGCUCUUGAAUCAAAUCCUCUCGUCUACUGCGACAGAACCAAAUAAAGGGAACGUGCAAUCCAAGCUCCACACGACAGUGUCGACCCUCGCUGCCACGUUUGGCUCAAAACUAGGCCAGCAGAUCAACGUCAGCAAGAAAGGAACAAUCUACAUAGGAAAGAGGCGAGGCAGGAAGCCGAAAGCUGUCCUGAAUGGCAUCUUGGCCGCUAAUGCUGACAGCUUGACUCUUCUUGAAAAGUCUGCCCAGCAGGCGACGGGGACGGCGCUCGGACAAGCAGUGGCUCCUUUGCUCCCUUCAGCCACAAAUAACCCUGAGAUUCUCCCUUCACCCGUUUGUUCUCAGUCAUCUGGGGUGAGCGGAGGGCAGAGCCCUGUCAGCAGCGACAUGGGCUUUGUGGAGCCCAACUCAGUGCCCUAUCUGCACCUCCACUCCAGGCAGGGAAGCGUGGUUCAGACCCUGGCAAUGCGGAAGGCCUCGAGGGCCCGGAGGAGGCUCUCCCCGCCGACUCUUCUCCCCAAUUCCCCAUCCCACAUGAGCGAACUCGGCUCGCUGAAGGAAGCCACUCCGUCGCCCAUCAGCGAGUCCCACAGCGACGAGACGAUUCCCAGCGACAGCGGGAUCGGGACUGACAACAACAGCACUUCGGACAGGGCGGAGAAGUUCUGCGGCCCGAAGAAGCGACGGCACUCCUUCGACCACAUCUCCCUCGUCCCCCCCGAGACCUCGACGGUCCUGAGCAGCCUCAAAGAGAAACACAAGCACAAGUGCAAGCGCCGCAGCCACGACUACCUGGCCUACGACAAGAUGAAGAGGCAGAAGCGGAAGCGGAAGAAGAAGUACCCGCAGCUGCGGGGCAGGCAGGACCCCGAUUUCCUGGCGGAGCUAGAGGAGCUGAUCAGCCGCUUGAGCGAAAUCCGGAUCACCCACCGGAGCCACCAUUUCAUCCCCCGGGACUUGCUGCCCACGAUUUUCCGCAUCAACUUCAACAGCUUCUACUCCCACCCCACCUUCCCUCUGGAUCCUUUGCACUACAUCCGAAAGCCCGACCUGAAGAAGAAGAGAGGCCGGCCACCCAAAAUGCGUGAGGCCAUGGCGGAAAUGCCCUUUAUGCACAGCCUCAGCUUCCCCCUCUCUGGCACUGGAUUCUACCCCUCUUACGGCAUGCCUUACUCUCCUUCUCCCCUUGCGGCCGCUCCCAUUGGCCUGGGCUAUUACGGGCGGUACCCGCCGACCCUCUACCCGCCUCCGCCUUCCCCUUCGUUCACCACCCCGCUGCCGCCUCCAUCAUACAUGCACACCGGCCACUUGCUCCUCAACCCCGCCAAGUACCACAAGAAGAAGCAUAAGCUGCUUCGCCAGGAGGCCUUCCUCACCGCCAGCCGGGCUCCCCUCCUCUCCAUGAGCACCUACCACCCCAGCGUCCCACCGGAGAUGGCCUACGGCUGGAUGCUGGAGCACAAGCACCGCCACCGCCACAAGCACCGCGAGCACCGCUCCUCCUCAGAGCAGCCGCAGGUCUCCCUUGACACCUUGGCGCCCAGCGGCCCUUCCCGAACCGUCCUGGAGUCCCUGAAGCGCUACCGGUUUGGGAAGGAGGCCGUUGGCGAGAGGUACAAGCAUAAGGAGAAGCACCGUUGCCACAUGGCCUGCCCACACCUGUCCCCUUCGAAAGGCCUGCUUGGGAGGGAAGAGCAGUGGGUCCGGAGGGAGCCGGCAGAGCCCAACUCCUCCCUGGCUCUGGGGCUACAGACGCCGCUGCAGAUAGACUGCUCAGACACUCCGCCCAACCUGCCUCUGGGGAGGUUCACUCCCAGCUCCGAGCCGGUCAGCAGCGACGAGCACACAAACCUUUUUACCAGUGCAAUAGGCAGCUGCCGAGUCUCCAGCUCUGCUGCCACCGGCGGGCGCAAAAAACUGCCUGAUGGCUCCGGACUCUUUGGCCCCCAGGAAGCCUCGCUCAGCCGGCCUCUCCGGAAGGAGACGUUGCCCCCUAUGGAGAAGGCAGGGCCAACCUUGUCAGGAAAUCUUCCAGCACAAGACAAACCCUUGCAGAGGCCGUCAGAGGGCACGAGCUGCAGCCCCUCCAGGAAGAGGUCUUCAUCCGAGAGCACAUCUUCUACAGUGGCCCCGCUUCCUUCACGAAGUACAAGGCUCGGGACUGCAGUGGAGGAUCCUGUGGAUAAUCUACUGCAGCGCAUGGCUCAACAUGAAAGCCAGGGUGCCCUGGACAAGACCCUUGAGGCCGUCAUGACGCACACACCUGUUCUGCCCUCAGGUAGCCCCAGCCGAAGCCCCAGCAGGGAGAAGAGCAGCGGGCUCUUGAUUCCGGGCAACGCGGGUGGCGACGGCAUCUCUCUCCUUUCAGACCGGUUGUUGAGCGGCUACUCCUCCCAUCACCUCAAGAGGAGCAUGGUGGAAGCCAUGCAGUGCCAGGCGAGGAAAAUGUGCAAUUACGACAAGCUUUUGGCCACUAAGAAAAACCUGGACCACGUCAACAAAAUCCUCAAAGCCAAGAAGCUGCAGAGGCAGGCGCGGACUGGCAAUAACUUUGUGAAGCGCCGGCCCGGCCGGCCCAGGAAGUACCCCUUGCCCUCAGUGGUUUCAGUCCACGCCCUCCAGGUGAGCCGCUUUGUCAGCCAAGAACUGGACGGCGGGGGCCAAGGCUGCUUGCUCCACUGCAGUCCUGACACGGUUACUGAUGCCAUAGAAUCGGUGGUUCAGGGGGUUAACGUGAAAGGCUGGAAGAGGAAGAGGUGGCUGGAGGAGGAGCAGGCCAGGAAAAGGCAGAAGCCUCUACCAGAUGAUGAGCAGGAGAGCAAUAAAAGCUUUUCUGAGACAACAACUGAGUCCCCUCCUCCUGAUGAGGCGAUAGUGAAGCCGCGUGAGCUGGAGAAUGUUGAGCAGCCUCUGACUUCCCUUGUGCAGCGUGAGAAGAAAGCUCCGCGCCCCCCAAAGAAGAAAUAUCAGAAGGCAGGGCUCUACUCUGAUGUGUACAAAACCACCGACCCCAAAAGCCGACUGAUCCAGUUGAAGAAGGAAAAAUUGGAGUACACUCCUGGGGAGCACGAGUACGGAUUGUUCCCGGCACCUAUCCACGUGGGGAAAUACCUACGCCAAAAGCGAAUAGACUUCCAGUUGCCUUAUGACAUUCUUUGGCAGUGGAAACAUAAUCAGUUGUAUAAAAAGCCAGACGUCCCGCUUUAUAAAAAAAUCCGUUCUAACGUCUAUGUGGAUGUGAAGCCUCUUUCUGGCUACGAGGCCACGACCUGCAACUGCAAGAAGGCCGAGGAUGGCAACAGAAAUGGCUGUUUGGAUGACUGCUUGAACAGGAUGAUCUUCGCUGAGUGCUCCCCCAACACCUGCCCCUGCGGGGAGCAGUGCUGCAACCAGCGGAUCCAGAGGCAUGAGUGGGUGCAGUGCUUGGAGCGCUUCCGGGCCGAGGAGAAAGGCUGGGGCAUCCGCACAAAAGAGCCCCUGAAAGCUGGGCAGUUCAUCAUCGAGUACUUGGGAGAAGUGGUCAGCGAGCAGGAGUUCAGGAACCGGAUGAUCGAGCAGUACCACAACCACAGCGAUCACUAUUGCCUCAACCUCGACAGCGGGAUGGUGAUUGACAGCUAUCGCAUGGGCAACGAGGCGCGCUUCAUCAACCACAGCUGCAACCCAAACUGUGAGAUGCAGAAAUGGUCCGUCAACGGUGUCUACAGGAUUGGGCUGUAUGCAUUGAAGGAUAUGCCUGCCGGCACUGAGCUGACUUACGAUUACAACUUCCACUCCUUCAAUGUGGAAAAGCAGCAACUCUGCAAAUGCGGCUUUGAGAAGUGCAGAGGGAUCAUUGGGGGCAAGAGCCAGCGCGUGAACGGCCUCCUGAGCAAAACCAACCAGCCCGUCACUGCCCAGAGGAGGCCGAGCCGGUCUAAAGAGAAGAGGAAAUCCAAGCACAAGUUGAAGAAGAGGAAGGGUCACGUUCCUGAGGAGCCCAGUGAAAGCUCAAGUACCCCGACUCGGCUGACACCGCAGCUCCAAAUGAAGCCCAUGUCCAACAGGGAGAGGAAUUUUGUGCUGAAGCAUCAUGUUUUCUUGGUGCGCAAUUGGGAGAAGAUCCGGCAGAAGCAAGAGGAGGUCAAGCACGCCAGCGACAACCUUCAGUCCGCCUCGUUAUACACCCGCUGGAAUGGGAUGUGCCGGGAUGAUGGCAAUAUAAAAUCUGAUGUCUUCAUGACACAGUUCUCUGCCCUGCAGACUGCCCGCUCAGUGCGGACACGGCGGCUGGCUGCGGCCGAGGAGAACAUCGAAGUGGCGCGGGCCGCACGCCUCGCGCAAAUCUUCAAGGAGAUCUGCGACGGGAUCAUCUCGUACAAAGAUUCCUCCAGACAGCUGCUUGCAACUCCUUUGCUGAAUCUUCCCCCAAAGAAAAAAAAUGCAGAUUACUAUGAGAAGAUCUCCGACCCCCUUGAUCUCACCACCAUCGAGAAGCAGAUCUUGACAGGCUACUACAAAACUGUGGAAGCUUUUGACGGCGACAUGCUGAAGGUCUUCCGCAACACUGAAAAGUACUACGGCAGGAAAUCCCCAAUUGGGCGGGAUGUCUGCCGGCUGCGGAAGGCCUACUACAACGCCCGCCAUGAGGCAGCUGCCCAGAUCGAUGAGAUUGUCGGAGAGACGGCGAGCGAGGCGGACAGCAGCGAGACCUCCAUGUGCGAGAAGGAGAGCGGGCACGAGAAGGACGAGGACGUGAUCCGCUGCAUCUGUGGCUUGUACAAGGACGAAGGGCUCAUGAUCCAGUGCGACAAGUGCAUGGUCUGGCAGCACUGUGACUGUAUGGGGGUGAACUCUGACGUCGAACACUACUUGUGUGAGCAGUGUGAACCUCGCACGGUGGAUAGGGAGGUUCCUAUGAUUCCCCGACCUCAUUACGCCCAGCCUGGCUGCGUUUACUUCAUCUGUCUGUUACGGGACGAUCUGUUGCUACGUCAAGGUGACUGCGUGUACCUGAUGAGAGACAGCCGAAGGACCCCGGACGGCCACCCUGUCCGGCAGUCGUACCGCCUGCUCUCCCACAUCAACAGAGAGAGACUCGACAUCUUCCGUAUCGAAAAGCUCUGGAAGAACGAGAAGGAGGAACGGUUUGCCUUCGGCCACCACUAUUUCCGUCCGCAUGAAACGCACCACUCCCCGUCCCGGAAGUUCUACCACAACGAGCUGUUCCGGGUACCGCUGUACGAGAUCAUCCCCUUGGAGGCCGUGGUGGGCACCUGCUGCGUCCUGGAUCUCUACACCUAUUGCAAAGGAAGGCCAAAGGGGGUGAAGGAGCAGGACGUCUACAUCUGCGACUACCGCCUCGACAAGUCAGCCCACCUUUUCUACAAGAUCCACCGGAACCGCUACCCAGUCUGCACCAAGUCCUACGCCUUCGACCACUUCCCCAAAAGGAUGACGCCGAAGAGAGACUUUUCGCCUCAUUAUGUACCUGACAACUACAAGAGGAAUGGAGGCAGGUCAUCUUGGAAGUCUGACCGUUCCAAGCCCCAGAACAAAGACCUGAGCCAAGAGGAGGACCCCCUGCCGCUGAUGGAAGACGUGAUCGUGAGUCAGGACCAGGCUCCCAGCGAGCCGGCGCCAAGCCUGGAGGAGCCAGAGAAAGAGGCGCCCCCCCAGGAGAGUGGCGAGGUGGAGAAAAAGGUGGAGGAGAGCAGCCCCGUCCCCAGGCGGCCCUGCACCCCGGAGGAACGCAGGCACAUGCAGCGAGAGAGGCUCAACCUCAUCCUCCUCACCCUCCUAGAGAAAAUCCCAGGGAAAAAUGCCAUUGACGUCACGUACCUGCUAGAGGAAGGUUCGGGGAGGAAGCUGCGGCGGCGCACUCUGGUUCUUCCCGAGAGCAGCUUUCGGAAGUGACGCUGUGCCCCGGGGACAGAGGCUGCGGCCUGGAGUUUUCCGCUGUCGGAUUGUACGUGAGACGGACUUGGAUGGGCGAGGCUUUGCCGCCUUCCUGUGCCUCUGCAGUGUGCGUUGAGGGCAUCAGGUGGGCAAGAGGAAACUGACACACACACACACACAAAAAAAAAAAACCCCACGGUUCUGUAGCACUUAGAAGAAACGGUUGGGCAGGCGUGCCACCCUGCCCCUUCACCCGCGGCCUGCCUGGCAGUGGUCUUACGAUGUGUGUGGUGUCGGGCGUGCCUUGUUGUCAAUGUUGAGGUACUAAGGAAAAAACCACACCUUGUGGUUCUUUGUCCAAGACGGUCAAAUUUUAGUUUAACUUAUUCCCCUCCACCCUCCCCACCCCAGCGUCCCUGCGCCAAAGGGAGGGGAAAGUGGGGUGUACAAGGUGGGCGGGUUGGUGAACCGGUUCGGAACCACGCUCUUUCCGAAGGAACCCGCAUCAUUUCUCGUUCAGCUGGCGCAACAGUCUGAUUUCGGAAGUUGUUUGGGAGGGCGGAGGUGACGGCAUGAGGAAGUGUCCGGGCCCUGAGGGGCCGAAGAUACAGGGAGGGGGAGGGCGAGAUCUUCGAUUUUGCGCAAGAUGCAACAGAGGAAGCGUGGCGCUCUGAGCGUGAGGGGGCUGUCGGACAUUCUGCGUGGAAAGCGCCCCAUCGCCACGGAGGCCACGGACUUGAAAUGAAAGCAGUUGGUUCUGCGUUCUGCACCUCGGGGUGGGGGUGGGGUGGGCAGUCAAGGAGAACAACGGUGGUUUUAAUUUCUCUCUCUAUCCCUCCCCCCCCCAUUUAUUUUGCUGCAGAAGAUUUUUUAUAAAGCCAAGUCCACCCUGUUUUACUUAUUUUUCGUUUUAGUGUUUUCGGUUGGGUUUUAUAUAUAAAUAUAUAUAUAUAUAUAUAAGAAAAAAGAAAAAAAUUAAAUAAGCUGUGGUUCUUGUGUGUCCAGUGCAUUGUGAAAACUUUCAAAGACAAAAAACAAAAACAAAGGAAAACUGUCAAAACAACAAAAGCAAACAGACAAAAACCAACCUUUCACUACAUGAACCGUCAAGCAGUAUUUUCUGAGCGCGUAUUUGUUGUGAAACUGUAGACUAUUAUCCACUGAUUAACACUACUCUGUGUGUUUCUUUUUUU